AUGCCUCCACCCCGAGUAACAGCAAUUCUCUUAUCGCCGCGCGCAAAGGCGCCCACACCUCAAACAUGCACGCACACCUUCUCAACCCAACCCCACCGACCACGCCCAAACCACCCCCAGCACCACCACCAGCGAGCCCAUAACCUCUCCAAACCCCAUAUAUACCAUUUCACAACAAGCACCCCCCGCCAAGCCAAGGAACCAAACUUCUACGAAAUCCUCGACAUCCCAAUAGGCGCAACACCAGCUGAAAUCAAAAAACAAUUCUACGCUCUCUCCCUCCGCCACCACCCAGACCGCAACCGCUCAGACCCAAGCGCAAGCCAACGCUUCGCCCGAAUCUCAGCCGCCUACAACGUCCUAAGCAACGCCCAAAAGCGUGCAACCUACGACCGCGACCACGGCUUGCACGCCGCCCCCUCCUACAGCCAUUCAGCCUCCACGCCGGGCCACACCCACGCCCACCCAAUGGGGAGCCACAGCAGCUACGCCGGAUCCCGACCUGCCAGCGGGCUCAGUAAACGGCGGAACGCGUUUCACGGGCCGCCGCCUAGUUUCUACGAACAGGGUGGGUACGGGGCCACCGGCAGGCGGGAGGAGAGGUACACGGCUGGCAAGGCCGGGCCUGGCGCUGGCGCUGGCGCUGGCGGCGGUGCGAAAGCCGGGGCAGGGUUUGCGUCGGCUGCAGGCUUUGGGUCUGGGGAGGGCGCGGCUGGGAAAGACGCUGAUCCGGAGGAUUGGGUUGGGUUUAUUAAGCGGAAUCCGGUGCAUCAUUUUAAUGCGCGGGGACAUUUCCGGACGCAGGCGGCUGAGGAUCAGAGGCGGCGGGAGAGGAGGACUAGAGCGGCUAUUGAGCAGCAUGCUGCUGAGCAUGGGGCUGGGGUGAGGACGAAUGGGGUUGCGGAUGAUACGAUGCAGAGGUUUUUCAUUGUUACGGGCAUUUUGAUAUUUGCUACUGGUGUGACUGGGUUCUUUAAAUGGCCUGCGGCCACGCCUCAUACUGCUGAUGUCGUUCAUGGGGGGAAGGCUAGGCAGAAGGAAGCAUUUUCUUGA